AUGUUUCUUGGCUGGCUUGCCCUGACGGCGGCUCUGGCAGUCCAAUCUGUCUUGGCGGAAACCCACGUUUAUAACUGGACCACUGGGUGGGGCGUGCAGAAUGUGGAUGGUGGGAAGGACAGACCUGUGAUCACGUGUAACGGUCAAUGGCCAUGGCCCGAUGUCAGAGUCAAGAAAGGUGACAGAAUCGAGUUGUAUCUGAACAACGGGUUUGACGACCGCAAUACCACCCUUCACUUCCACGGUAUGUUCCAGAAAAACAGCAGUCAAAUGGACGGGCCUCCCAUGGUGUCUCAGUGUCCGAUUGGGCCUGGUGACACUUUCUUGUACAACUUCACUGUGGACGGCAACGUGGGUACGUACUGGUACCACUCGCACACGAAGGGCCAGUACCAAGACGGUAUGCGCGGUGCUUUUGUUAUUGAAGAUGAUGAUUUUCCCUACGACUACGAUGAGGACGUGGUUUUGCAAUUGGGAGAAUGGUACCAUGAUGUUGCUGACGUCCUGAACAAAGACUUUAUGAGUGUCUACAAUCCUACCGGUGCUGAGCCAAUCCCACAGAAUUUGAUUAUGAACAACACGCGUAACAUGACCUGGGAGGUUGAACCCGACACCACAUACCUGCUGCGUAUUGUCAACACCGGUGGAUUUGUCUCCCAAUACUUGUGGAUCGAGGAUCACGAAAUGACGGUAGUAGAGGUGGACGGUGUGUACACGGAGAAAAACACGACAGAUAUGCUGUACAUCACCACAGCUCAACGUUAUGCAGUUUUGAUCCACACGAAGAACGGCACUUCUAAGAACUUUGCAAUCAUGCAGAAGUUUGACGACACCAUGCUGGACCUGGUCCCCAGCGACUUGCAAUUGAACACCACCAACUACAUGGUUUAUAACAAGGACGUGGCAUUGCCUGAACAAAAUUACGUGGACGAACUGGAUAUCCUGGACGACUUCUAUUUAGUUCCUCACGACAAAGUUGAGGCCUACGGUGAUCCCGACUAUCAGAUUGUUGUCAACGUGACAAUGGACAAUCUAAGAAGCGGUAUCAACUAUGCAUUUUUCAACAAUCUGACAUACACUGAGCCCAAAGUGCCCACAUUGCUGACUGCCUUGUCUGCAGGUGACGAUGCCGUGAAUGCCGAAGUUUACGGCAGUAACACACACGCUUACGUGCUUGAAAAAGACGAGAUUAUAGAAAUCGUUUUGAAUAACCAAGACACAGGUACUCAUCCCUUCCAUUUGCACGGGCACGUCUUUCAAGCCAUGGUCAGAGAUCAGGCGUAUGAUGAUGCUUUAGGCGAAGUGCCUCAUCCAUAUCUGGAAGAUGAUCACCCUGCUUUCCCCGAAUAUCCUAUGAUGAGAGAUACACUUUACGUUCGGCCCCAGUCCAACUUUGUCGUUCGUUUCAAGGCAGACAAUCCCGGUGUAUGGUUUUUCCACUGUCACAUCGAAUGGCAUUUGACUCAGGGCUUGGCUAUUGUUUUAAUUGAAGACCCACUAUCGAUCCAGGCCUCGCAUGGGCAGCAACUCACUGAUAACCACAAAAAUGUCUGCAAAAAUGUAGGCAUUCCUACUAAAGGCAAUGCGGCCGGGAAUUCUCAAGAUUAUAUGAACCUGGCCGGCGAGAAUGUGCAAGAGAAAUUCAUUCCAACUGGUUUCACUGCUAAGGGCAUUGUGGCCAUGACUUUUUCGUGUUUGGCUGCUAUAUUGGGGCUCAUCACCAUUGCCUUCUAUGGUCUCAUGGAUAUCAAAAACGUGGAAGAAAAAGUGGUUCAUGACCUUGACCUCGACAUCACCGAGCUGGUAGGUCAAGACGACUCGGCGUCUGAGAUAAGGGAUGUCACCAAAUAA